AUGUCUUAUCCGCCAUUUGAAUUAGGAAAAAGUAGAUAUGACCUCAAUACUUAUUGGGGACGGUUUACACAUUUUAUGAAUAUUAUCGAUCCUCGAACAUUGUUUGUUAGCGAUGCUAAAUUAAACGAAUGUCGUCAAUUGCUGGAGCAGUUUCAAUCGAAAACUUUACCAGCAGGUGUCACUGAUAAAGAUUUAUGGGAAGCACAGAAAACCGUUCAAGCAAUUGUUCAUCCUGAUACGGGAAAGAAAAUUUUCAUGCCAUUUCGAAUGGCAGGUUACGUUCCAUUUGGUACACCGAUUGUCGUUGGUCUUCUCAUGCCGAAUCCAACGUUAAAACAAAUAAUCUUCUGGCAAUGGUUGAAUCAAAGUCAUAAUGCUGGUGUUAAUUAUGCAAAUCGCAAUGCAACUCAACAUACACCAACAUCAAAGUUUGCUAUUGGUUAUUUGAGCGCUGUGACUGUUUCAGUCUCGAUCGCUGUUGGUUUAACAAUGAUUAUUCGUCGCGCAAAGGCUCUUCCACCAAGGUGGAAGACCAUCGUUGAGAGAUUUGUUCCAUUACCUGCUGUUGCGUGUGCAAGUACCUGCAAUGUUCUGUUCAUGCGUUUUCAUGAAUUAUCUGAGGGCAUUCAAGUCAUCGACGAACAAAACAAACCUAUAGGUGUGUCUCAAAUAGCAGCGAAAAAGGCCUUGACCGAGAUGGCAAUGACACGUGCCUUUCUACCCGUGCCCAUACUCUCUAUACCGCCUAUUAUUAUGCUAGCAUUUGAAAAAAAUAUACUUCGUCGUUUUCCACGUUUAAACAUACCGUUGAAUACGGUUGCAUGUACUUUUUCAUUUGGCUUAGCAUUACCAAUGUCAAUAGCUUUAUUCCCACAGAAAUCCAAAGUGGCGACUAGUGAACUCGAAAAAGAGAUCCAAGCCAAAACGGCUCAACCUUAUGUUUAUUACAACAAAGGACUUUAA